GUAUACCUUUUAAAGGUGAAGGUGAAAUUUUAUUCUACAAUAAUACGUAAAUUAUAAUCACAAGUGCAUUGGUCUUCGACACGUCAAAAACGCCUACAAAGACAAUUAUUCCAAAGGUUUGUAGUAUAAAAAAUUCUAGAAUAUUUUCUAGAUGACCCAAUAUAAAAAAAAAAGAAAUUUUUAACAAAUCAUUUUCUUGAACAGUUGUAGACUGAACAUAUGCAUAUUGUCGCUCAGAUGGAGGAUUUCUUAAAGUCAGACAAUUCUCUUCUCAACCAAUUUCUGCUUACAUUAAUUCUAUUAAGAUUAUUGUACUUUUUGGCUUCUUUCGUUCUUGCAAGAAAUCCCAAGCCGAAUGAUGACAAACUUCCAGAUGAUGUAAAAGUUCUCUUUUUUCAGUUCAGAAAGAGAGUAGCGCCAAUUUUCUUCUUUAUGUUCCUAAGCACGAUCUGGUUUGCUUGGACAGCCUAUGCAAGCUUUUGUAGAGACGGAAAGACUACUGGAUACACUCACUCUCUAUUGGAACGAGUCCUACACCCGAAGCGUUCAGCUUCAGUUGAUACAACUUCGAUUUUUCUUGCCUACUUUCUCUUCUUUAUGCAUGUGACUAGACGGCUGAACGAAGGUCUCCGAGUUAGCAUUUUCUCUCAUAGACAAGUGAUGUCUUUCCCUGCUAUGAUUGUACAGUACAUCAUAGGCCUUGCUAUAGCUAUCUCUAUCCUUGCCGAUGGGCCUAAUCUUGAGGAAGCAAUAGAAGGACGUUGCUUCGGAAUCGAUCAUCUUCUUAAUUACAAGACGAUUGUUGCCAUAGUUAUGUUUACGACAGCUUCGAUAAUUCAAAAUCACUGCUUUAAAAAUUUUGUGCAGCUGAGAAAGAAUAAAUCAGGCCACUGUGUGACAACUGGCUAUAAACUACCAAAGGGAGGAUUUUUCGACUACAUAUCGUCUCCCCAGCUGCUCGCCGAACUCGUUAUUUAUAUUUCGAUAGGUUUGAUUUUGAACGGACCAACGUGGUGGUUAGUGGUAGCUGGAGUAGCAAUUAAAGAGUAUGACGCGGCUUAUCACUGUCAUGAAUAUUAUAAAUCUAAAUUCGCUAAGGAUAUGCCUAGCAGUCGUAAAGCUUUCAUACCAUUCCUCACUUAA